CGCACGCUUCCCUUCCCUUCCUCGCCCACGCGGACGCGGCCACGGCCGCUCCAAGCUAGCAGCAGAGCGAGAGCAGCCAAUUUUGGCGCACCUCUCUCACUCUCCCUCCCUCCGUUCAGCAGCGUUCGUUUCGUUGCUCACUCAGAUCCAGCCAUUCAGGUGAGAGAGUAGGGGCAGCGAUGCCCACGCCGCCGCUCCGUGGGGCGGGGCUCCUGCUCCGUAUCUGCCUCUUCCUCUGCCUCUCACUCCGCCCCCGCCUGGCCUCCUCCGAGCCCGACGCCGACAAGGCGGCGCUGCUGGCGUUCCUCUCCGGCGUGGGCCGCGGCGCCACCGCCCGCGCGCGCAUCAACUGGUCCACCACCCACCUCGCCUGCAGCGCCGACGGCCCCGGCCCCGGCUGGACGGGGGUCACCUGCAGCGCGGACGGCGCGCGCGUCGUGGCGCUGCACCUCCCGGGGCUGGGCCUCUCGGGCGCCGUGCCGCCGGGCACGCUCGGCCGCCUCACCGCGCUGCAGCUGCUCAGCCUGCGCUCCAACGACCUCUCCGGCCCGCUCCCCGCCGACCUCCUGCGCCUGCCCGCGCUCGAGGGCCUCCACCUCCACCGCAACGCCUUCUCCGGCGCGCUCCCCGCCGCCCUCGCGGGGCUGACCGCGCUCCAGGUGCUCGACCUCUCUUUCAACGCCUUCGACGGCGCCGUCCCCGGCGCGCUCGCCAACCUCACCCGCCUCGUCGCGCUCGACCUCUCCAACAACUCGCUUUCCGGCCGCGUCCCGGACCUCGGCCUCCCCGCGCUCCGUUUCCUCAACCUCUCCAACAACCGCCUCGACGGGACCGUGCCGGCGUCCCUCCUCCGCUUCCCCGACGCCGCCUUCGCCGGCAACAGCCUCACGCGCCCGGCUCCGGCUCAGGCGCCGCCGGUUGUUGUCGCUCCGCCUCCUGGCCUCGCUGCGCCUCCCCCCGCGAGGCGGCGGCCCAGGCUCAGCGAGGCGGCCAUCCUCGCCAUUGCCGUGGGAGGGUGCGUCCUCGGGUUCGCCGUCGCGGCGCUGCUGCUCCUCGCAUUCUGCAACAGCAGCAGGGAGGGCCGCGAUGAAGAGACAGUAGGCGGCGGCGCGGCUGCAGGGAAGGGCGGGGAGAAGAAGGGGAGGGAAUCGCCCGAGUCCAAGGCGGUCAUCGGCAAGGCCGGGGACGGCAACCGGAUGGUCUUCUUUGAGGCCCCGUCGCUGGCGUUCGACCUGGAGGACCUGCUCCGCGCCUCCGCCGAGGUCCUGGGCAAGGGCGCGUUCGGGACGGCGUACCGGGCCGUGCUGGAGGACGCCACCACGGUCGUCGUCAAGAGGCUCAAGGAGGUGAACGCCGGGCGGCGCGACUUCGAGCAGCAGAUGGAGCUGCUCGGGCGGAUCCGCCACGACAACGUCGUCGAGCUCCGCGCCUACUACUACUCCAAGGACGAGAAGCUGCUCGUGUACGAUUACUACAGCCGGGGAAGCGUGUCCAACAUGCUCCAUGGGAAGAGGGGAGAGGACAGAACACCAUUGGACUGGGAAACCAGGCUAAAGAUCGCCCUGGGAGCAGCACGAGGAGUGGCACACAUCCACACCGAGAACAACGGGAGGUUCGUUCACGGCAACAUCAAGGCCUCCAACGUGUUCAUCAACAAGCACGAGCGCGGCUGCGUCUCGGACCACGGCCUGGCGUCGCUGAUGAACCCGGUGACGGUGAGGUCCCGUUCUCUCGGGUACUGCGCGCCGGAGGUCGCUGACACGAGGAAGGCGUCCCAGUCCUCGGACGUCUACAGCUUCGGCGUCUUCGUGCUGGAGCUCCUCACGGGGAAGUCGCCCGUCCAGAUAACCGGCGGCAACGGCGGCGACGUGGUCCACCUGGUGAGAUGGGUGCAGUCGGUGGUGCGGGAGGAGUGGACCGCCGAGGUGUUCGACGGCGAGCUGCUGCGGUACCCCAACAUCGAGGAGGAGAUGGUAGAGAUGCUCCAGGUCGCGAUGGCGUGCGUGUCGAGGUCCCCCGAGCGGCGUCCCAGGAUGGCGGACGUGGUGAGGACCAUCGAGGAGGUGCGUCGGAGCGGCAGCGGGACCGCGACCGGGACGGGGACGCGGCCGUCCACCGAGGCCUCCACCCCGGCCACCGCCGCUGAAGCGGCCCAGAGCAGGGCGGAGGAGGGCGGCUCGUCGGCGGUGGCGCAGUGACCGGACGCGACGCAGGCCGAGCUGCUUGCUGGUGGCUCGUAGCUUGGAUGAUCCUGUGCUUUAUUUUGGCGGGUGCUGUACCAUUCGUUCUUUCGUGUUACGAAAUCGUAACAGAAUGUCACGUGGACGUGGACACGGUGGUCGGAUUUUUGGCAGCAACUGCUCGCUGCUGACUAUUGAUUGACUCUUUGUACAAGUGUGAAGGAAGAAAGGCAGCUGUCUC